AUGGGAUCAGUGUCGCUGAAAAUCGGCAACGACACCGCCAGAUUCAAGCGGGCAACGCUCUGCACAUCGCCAGUAAACCUUCUCAUGAUCCUUUCAGUGCUCACUACAAAUCUCUUCGCUCUCUACGCCUUUAAUUACUCCCCCAUCCACCUCCACGCCCACAAUCUCAAUCCCCACAAGAACAUCUCCUUGAUCUCCGAGCAUGUCUCCUUAAUCCUGUGA